AUGUCGAGCGAGGACCUCCCAAUCCACUAUGGUGUCGUAUUAUUUCCAGGCUUCCAAGCCCUCGACGUAUUCGGGCCCAUCGACGCCAUCAACACGCUCGCGCGAUACAAAAAGAUCGAAUUCUCCAUCAUCGCCGCUACCCUAGACCCGGUUUCCACCAACCACGCCCCGCUCUUCCCCGGACAGGAGGCCAAGUGGAAUCCGCAUGGGUCGAAUUGUGGACAAAGCAUCCUGCCGACACAUACAUUUGACUCGCCGCCUGAUAAUCUCGAGGUUUUGCUUGUUCCUGGUGGAGCAGGGACCCGCAGCCCCCAGGCUUACGAACCGGUUGUCGAGUUUAUUAAAAAGACAUUCCCGUCGCUCCGAUAUCUCCUCACCAUAUGCACCGGAUCAGGACUUGUGGCGCGGUCGGGCUUGCUGGAUGGAAGACGCGCUACAACGAACAAACGUGCGUGGGACGAUGUAAUUACGUGGCGUGAGCAGGUAAAUUGGAUUCGGAAAGCGCGGUGGGUGGAUGAUGGGAAUAUAUGGACGUCGUCCGGGAUCAGUGCGGGAAUUGAUAUGAUGCUUGCUUUUAUUGGACAUAUAUACGACGAGGAGCUGGCCACGACCUUGGCUGAUAGGCUGGAAUAUGUGCGGAGUGGGAGCUGGGAUGACGAUCCAUUUGCUUGA